ACUGCUCCAUAUUACGGAUAUACCCCUACUUUUCCUUUAAAUCUCUAGGAAUACCCCUCUUUUCUCCUUGAGAUUCUAAACAACGGUCAAAGAUCCUCUCCUCUCUACUGAUCAAAGCCAGAAAUUUUCUCUAACCGAAACUUUCUCGCAGUUUCCCGGACUCUCUGCUUUGGAGCUCCGUCGCCGCCGGCGGGGAGAGAGAAACAUGGAGGAGGAGCGGUCGAGCACCGUGGAUUUGACCGAGGGAGUCGGAGAGAGUUCGUCACCGCCGCGGAGCGUGAGCAGUUCGAAGACUUAUGACGUCAGGACCGAAGUCUUCAGACGUUUGGUAGAGACUGGAAGCGACGAAGUUAUCGGAAAUCCUCAUUUCAAGGACUUGUUGGAUGCUCACUUCGAUCGCUUCCCUUCUAGCUAUGCGUUUGAUGUUAACUUGGGUCAAGUGGACGAUGUUUUGUUACACAUGAAAGUUCUUGCACUGGCGAGGGACCCCAAUAGCCGACCUGUCUAUGAGAUUCGAUUUCUGGAGGAUGUUGAUGCCAAUGGAGAUCAACAUUCUGAAAACUUCACUGGUGUCUCAAGCUCUAAGGCGGAUAAUGAUGGAACUGUAUCAUCACGUGCAAGAACUAGAGAUUCUGCAAUUGCAUUUGAACCUUGCUCUAAGCUUGAGGACCUGAAUCUGGAUGUCAGAGACAGAGAUAAAGCUAACGUCGUAGAAGAGCACUUGGCAGAGUCAUCCUCUAGAAGGCAACGCAUGCCGAUUUAUGAAGUGAUUUUCUCUAGCAUUGACAAGCCAAAGCUUCUUAGUCAGCUUUCUGCUCUGCUCUCUAACAUUGGACUUGACAUCCGUGAGGCUCAUGUGUUCUCAACUAAUGACGGUUACUCGUUGGAUGUGUUUGUCGUGGAGGGGUGGCCUGCCAAGGGUACUCAUGCUCUAUAUCAGGCAGUUGGAGAUGCAAUAGCUGGAAGUAAGGUAUUGUCUGUAGCAGAAGAACACCCUGCAGAAUGGGAUAUUGAGAUGAGAAUUCUGAAGAUAGGAGAGAAAAUAAGUGCCGGCUCCUGUGCAGAUCUCUAUCGAGGGAAAUACUUUGAUCAAGAUGUUGCCAUCAAAAUGCUGAGAUAUGAGAAUUUGAAUGAUAAACUUGAACAAGAAUUUUUCCAGGAGGUGUCUAUUAUGAGAGAGAUUCAACAUGGAAACAUAGUUCACUUUAUCGGUGCUUCCACAAAGCAUCCUCGUCUAUGGAUAGUUACAGAGUAUAUGCCCGGAGGAAGUCUUUAUGAUUAUCUGCACAAGCAUCAUAAGGUCUUGAAGUUGUCUCAGCUUCUGAAGUUUGCAAUUGAUGUUUGCAAGGGAAUGGAGUACUUGCAUCAAAAUAAAAUCAUUCACAGGGAUCUAAAGACGGCGAAUUUGCUAUUGGAUACUAAUGAAGUUGUUAAGAUAGCGGAUUUUGGUAUUGCUCGGUACGUAAGCGAGGAGGGAGUGAUGACCGCAGAGACAGGAACAUAUCGGUGGAUGGCGCCAGAAGUAAUGAAUCAUCUUCCUUACGAUCACAAAGCAGACGUGUUCAGCUUUGGUAUCGUGCUAUGGGAACUACUAACGGCUAAGGUUCCUUACGAAUCCAUGUCUCCGCUACAAGCUGCAGUAGGUGUCAGACAGGGGCUACGGCCGACAAUUCCCGAGGAUACGCACCCGAGCCUCGCACAGCUAAUGCAGAGAUGCUGGGAUGCUGAUCCUGGCGAGAGGCCUCCAUUCUCCGAGAUAAAACUCGAGCUCAAGGCACUGAUCUCUGAAGUUACGGACUCCCACGAAUCAAAUGACGUCUGAACUUUAACCGACACGUUCACAUUAUCUGUCUCAAGACCUUGCUUUUCUACGAGCACAUAGGAAGACCCCCCCCCCACAAAGGUACAUAAUCGUUCUUUUUUGUUUUGUUCUCUGUUCAUAUCCUUACCACCAAAAUGUAAUAUGCAUUUGCUUUUGCAUCUAGUUAUGGUGGUCCAUGGUUGUUUUGUGCGAAAAUAGAGUUUCUUUUCCUUUAAGCUUUACUAUUGAAUUGUUGAUCCAUCACAUUGACUUUGACUCGAUGGACAUUACACAUUAGAGUUCACAAAGUAAAGUUUUGUUAUCCGAAUUCCAAUCUUGCAUGUACAGACGGGUAAUUAUAUGUUUAAAAGAUUAAGGGUAAUUAUGAAAAUUGUUCAAAAGAUUAAGGGUAAUUAUAUGUUUUCAACAAAUGGUAAUGGUUUUCUUGACCUCGCCCCUUGGUUUCUCAACCUCGACUACGGAUCGGGUACACACGGUUUUUUUUUAUAUCAAAUCUGGAAAUUAGGGAUUUAGAGACAUUUAUGAAUAUUUGAUGUAACCUCUAAUUUACUUAUUUAGUUGAGAUUCUCAUAUACUCAUAGUUCAUUUGAUUAUUAAUAAAAGAUCAUAUCAUUUCGUAUAUUUCAUAAUAUUCUAUCUCAAACAUCACCCCUUUAGUUUUCUUGAUCAGAUAAUCUAUCUCAGUCUCGUAAAGGUUGGAUAUUCAAGUUUUGGAUAUUUGAUGUGCCACAAAGAUUUGGAUAUUCAGCGAGUAGUCGAUCGGCGAACGACCAAGACAAGCCAAAUGAGUUGCCUCAUUCAAUGAUAUGAGGAAAGAGUUGAUCUAAUGAGGCGAGAAUUCGAGAAAUGGCGAGAAAGAAAAGAAGCAAAAUGGUCGAGAAAAAAGGCGAGGGAAGACUUGCUCAAUGUUUGAGGAGCAUGAAGGUCGAAGGCUCGUCGAAAGACGAGGUGUGAAGUAUAGAGGUGAGGCGAGAGCUAAGCAGCAAGCCUCGUCUCCGUCUCUAUAUUUUUUUUUCAAAUUUGUCUCGGAUUUUUGUAAAAAAAAACUCUAUCCUAAAUAUUUAAAAUAUUUAACCAUACCUAUCUCU